AUGAAGCCUUCUCAAGUCUUGCUUGCUGUUGCUGCUGUUGGCGUCAACAUUGCCUCUGCUGCCACACCUCCGGGUUCAACUCCUCAGGUUGCUAAUACCUUGGGCAUUCAAUUCGGCAAGAACAAUGUCCAGCCCGGCGAAAUGAUUGAUCAAGCUGUCGCCGACGCAGGCCAACCAACCCUCUACUUCCCGUCCCCUAAACUCAACAACCGCAACCUCGCAAAGCACAAGUCUCCCCAAAAAGACAAAACCUACAUCUUCACCAUGGUAGACCUGAACCUGCCCUUCUUCGCCCUCCCCAACACCACAGACUUUGCCUCUCUUGUCCCCGGUAUUGGUCCCAACCGCACAACCCGCCUGCACUGGUUCGAAUACAACGUGCACACCAUUCCUCCCCACCUUGAGCUCAAAAACUUCUCGACGCCAAUUGCAGACUACGAAGGUCCUCAACCCCCUCAAGGAGAUGAACCGCACAAUUAUGUGAUUUAUUUGUUUGAGCAGCCAGAGGGCUAUAAGCCUGAUUUGAGUGCUAAGGCCAUGUAUGCUAAUUUCAGUUACCUUGGAAGAAUGAACUAUUCGAUCAAGGCUUUGGAGGAGGAAGUUGGCAAGCCUAUUGCUGCUAAUUACUUUGUGGUGCAGAAUGAGAAUAACACCAAGAGUUCUUGA